AUUAAAAAAAUAUUAAAACGGUUCGAUAAACUUCAAUGACGGGCUUUUUUUUACGAAAUUCUGAGAGAAGGGAGUAUCGGAAUUUUUCUGGUCUUUUACUCUCUCUGGCCGCAAAUUGUGGCUCAGUGUAGCUUGAGCGAUGGAAAUCAGCAUAGGCACAGAAGCAUGUAAGUAUGUUUGGGAAGGAGCGAUUCCACUGCAGAUUCAUCUUCACGAGUCCGAAGUCACUACUCUUCCUCUUCCUCCCACUGCUCUUAUUUUAGCUCCUCGGAUAGGGUACCUGCCCCUAUUAGCACCACAAGUUAAACCUUUCUUCAGCAGUGCGCUACCACCAGGUGUGGACACUAUUUGGUUUGACUACAAAGGACUUCCUCUGAAAUGGUAUAUACCUAUUGGGGUACUCUUUGACCUUCUCUGUGCAGAACCAGAAAGACCAUGGAAUCUAACGGUACAUUUUAGAGGAUACCCUGGAAGCAUUUUAACCCCAUGUGAAGCUGAAGACACCGUGAAAUGGAGUUUUAUUAAUUCAUUAAAGGAGGCAGCAUACAUCAUCAAUGGGAACUGCAAAAACAUCAUGAAUAUGUCUCAAAUUGAUCAAUCAGAACUAUGGCGCUCUGUUUUGAACUGUAAUUUGGAAGCUUAUCUCCGCGUUUCUUCUAAGCUUAAGCUGAGUGUAUAUGGAGGUGAUUUUGCAGUAAAGCUGGAUUCUUACAAGUGUCAGCAAAGUACUAAAAGUGAUGAAGAUGCCCCUGUAGUAGUAAAUAAAGGUGGGACAAACUCACAAGGUAGAGUUCCAGUUCGUUUGUAUGUCCGGAGCUCUAGUGAAGAUUUUGAUUGUGUAGAUGAUGCACCUGUGGUUGAGUGUUGGGACAAGAUCUCUUACAUCAAUCGACCAGUUGAGAUUUGUGAAGAUGACAAGUUCUUCACAUUGGGCGAUGCAGUAAAAGCGCUUCUUCCUGAGGUUUUUAUGGAAGACAUCACCUGCAGAGAGGAGGAAGAAGGCGAGGGGGAAAGAUCAGCUUCAGAAGAGACAAACUUUACCAGUGCUAAGGAAUCUGGUGGAGAAGCAUCAAAUAAUCGAGAAAUCAAACUUGUUAGGAUCCAAGGAAUAGAGCCAAAACUGGAGAUCCCUUUUGCUUGGGUAGUGAAAAACUUGGUAAACCCCGAAUACUUUCUUCAUAUUUGUGUAUACAUCAAAGCUCCACAACCAAUUGCCAUAUAGUGGGAGAUGGGAUCUUCUUACAUGAUUGAUAAUGCUUAGGCAAUGUAGCUUUCUUUCGUGAGAUGUUCAUUGUGCGUGUGCGUUUAGUGGUGGUGGUGGGUAGGUGGAGUCAGA